AUGGAGCAAUUACCAGAUGAGAUAUGGCUAUUAAUUUAUCGCUAUUUACAUCAUAUUGAUAUUCUUAAUUCAUUUACUAAUUUAAAUAAUCGUUUUCAAGUACUUAUUAGACCAUAUUUAUAUAAUAUUCAUCUAAAUGAUAUAUCAUUAAACUCAUUUGAACAAUUUACACACAAAAUUUUACCGAAUUAUGGUGAUCAUAUUCGAUCGUUAACUAUAGAAAGUAUCCAUCAUAUUAGUUUUUUUAAUGAAAACAAUAUUUUACAAUUGAUGAAGAACUUAGAAUCUGUGACAUUUACAAUUAAUCGUAACGAUAAUUUACAAAUCAUACAUUCUUGGUAUUCACAUUUAAACUCUAUGCAACAAUUAACCCAAAUUCACAUAGAAGGAUCAUAUGAUUCAGCUGAGACUAUUACUAACAUAAAUACAUUUGCACCAUCAUCAUUAACUAAUUUAACAGUACUUUCUCUAUAUCCUGCUCCAUCGUUUGAAAAUCCAAUAAAUAUACAACUAAAUAUAAAAAUACUAAAAAUUCAUGUAUUUUAUUUGUAUCACGCAUGGACUUUAUUGCAAAACUUAGUGAAUUUGGAAGAAUUAUAUCUAUCUGUAUCAGAUAUGGCCGAGACGACUGCUGUAAAAAAAAUUAUUGUAUCACGUUUUUUAAACAAACUACAUUUAGAAUUUGGACGUUUUGAAGAAUCUACGUAUGCAACAUAUUUUGAAAGAAUGAUGAACUUUUUAGAACAUUUUAAAAAUCAAUUACAAACACUUAUAUUACUUGUAAUAAGUAGUGAACCAGAAUUUAUUGAUCCAAAUCAAUUACAAUUAAUAGAAAAAAGUUUUUCACAUUUAAAAUCAUUUGAAUAUUUGAUUCAUACAACUCAUUGCCCAUCACACAAUUUUGAUCAAGUUCAACAACUACCCAAUGAGACUUAUUUGAUUUCUACAAAAAAACCUCGUCGUCCAGUUAGUUUUUCUCAUAAAUUACGAAAUGAUUUUACAUGUGAAUUUGAUAGUGAUCUUCAGUUAAACGAAUUAUACAAUACAGAUGCGCUAAGUUUGAUGCCUGUAAUUCAAUUAUUCCCUUCACAACCUUUUGAUAUCUGUUACAAAUUAUCUAAUUUACGCUAUUUAUCUUAUAAUGAAGGAAGAACUGAUAGUUCACGUUUAGAUCAACCUGAAUUGUUUUCAAAAAUAAUACUUCAAUCACCAAAUUUACGAGUUUUGAAUAUUGAAUUGGAAAAUUCAUCAGAUAUUUUCGAAUUAUUACAAUAUAUCCCUUAUCCACUAACAAAAAUCAACCAUUUCACGUGCAACUAUUCUCAAUUAUCUCAUGUACGAUUUAUAAAGGAGUUAGCACAAUUUCUUCCUUGUGUAAAACAUCUCCAGUUAAAAGACAAUUCUUCAAACAAGACAAUAUUUCAAAAAUAUGAUCAAUCUACACCUGUACAUGAAUAUCAAUAG